GAUAGUUCAGCAUCAGCAACCAAAUGUAAACAAUGGGGAAAAUAUAUUGUUGUGCACAAGGAUGUUCUAAUUUUUCUGGGAAAAUAGUAAAUGGAAAGAAGAUAUCUAUGCACAGAUUUUUCGCAGUUUCAAAGAUUAGAAAAAUUUGGGUGCAAAAUGUAAAAAAUCACCGAAAAAAUUUUGUUUGGACGGACAAUAAGCUAAAGACUGCAAGAUUAUGUAGCGCACAUUUCGUGGGAUCUCUAGGUCCAACACCAAACAUUCCGAUACCAAGCAUAUUUCCUCAAAAGAUUUACAAAUCCUAUACACUAGAUGAUGAUUCCAUAUGUACACCUGUUGUAAAACAACCUGAUCCAAUGGAAACAAAACAGAUGGAGGAACAGGGGCCAGAUGACGUUGAAGGGCUAAUUCCGGAUGGUACUGGAAAUCUGGUUCUGAAUGAAAAUCACUGUCUGAAUACAUCAAUCCACAUGCAUGAUUAUGCAGGUGAUGUUGAUGCACCUACAAUAAACCUGAUGGAUAAAUACAGCCAGACAGAUCCAGAGCCCCCCAAACCGGAACAUACUGUAGAGUGCAGAUGUGAGAAAAGCACUCCACAUCCAAAACCAAUUAUGACUGAUAAAUGUAUUCAAACUGGUCUACCAGAUUUAGUAAUUGAAGACUUACAAAGUGAUGAAAGUGUAAUGUUUUACACAGGUUUCCCUUCAUUAGCAGCUUUUAUGAUGGUUUUCAAUGCCCUUGAACCAAUUGCCUGCUCUAUGUCAUAUUGGAAAGGUGAAGGUUCCAGUUUAGAGAAAAAAUACCAAAAAGAAGGAACAAAGAAACCAGGUCCUAUGAGAAAGUUACGGCUGGUAGAUGAAUUUUUUCUGGUGUAUAUGCGUCUACGAUUAGGACUUUUGCAAGAAGACUUAUCACAACGGUUUAAAAUCUCUGUUUCUACGUGUAGUAGCAUCUGUAGAACUUGGAUUCGACUCCUUGUUGAAGAACUUGUUCCAAAACUCAUGCCAUGGCCAAGCAAGGGAGCAAUUGUAUCAAAUAUGCCCGAAUGCUUUAAGGUUCGAUACCCGGACACAAGGAUUAUUUUGGACUGCACCGAACUCAGGUCUGAAACACCAGAAUCCGAUCAAGCAAAGACGCUCCUUUAUUCAAAUUAUAAGUCACAUAUGACCUGGAAA